CACACGCCAUGGCGUCUGAGGCACUAGCAAGUCACGUGACGCAGACUCCAGGCUGCGGGAUUGCCAGAAGUGACAUUGGCACCAUUGGAUGACACUUUUGACGCGAAAUCUCUGUUCUAGAAGCCGAACGUAACUGAGCACGCCGCUAAGUCAGCUGGUGACGUAAGGCGUUUUGGUCGUCAGGUGACGGUGCGUGGCGUCUGCCAUCUUGUGUUGUUGGGCUUGUGGAUUCGCUUCGGGUGUGAAGCAGAGAGAGAAUUUCAUCGUUUAGAAGAACCUAAAGAAACAAAAAGCAUUAUGACAGCUGAGACUCAGACCCUGAACUUUGGCCCUGAGUGGCUUAGGGCUUUGUCUAGUGGAGGUUCUGUCAUUUCUCCACCCCUCUCCCCGGCGUUGCCAAAGUACAAACUUGCAGAUUUUCGGUACGGGCGGGAAGAGAUGUUAGCACUUUAUGUAAAGGACAAUAAGGUUCCAUUAGACCUUUUGGACAAAGAGUUCCUUCCUAUUUUGAAUGAUGAGCCCCUACUACCACUGGCACUUGUUCCAUUUACUGAAGAAGAACAGAGAAACUUCUCGAUGUCUGUAAACAGUGCAGCCGUUCUACGUCUUACUAACAGAGGCAGUAGCGGUGGUGGAGGAACUGUAGUAGGGGCGCCACGAGGUCGGAGUUCCUCCAGGGGUAGAGGCAGAGGCAGAGGAGAAAGUGGUUUCUACCAAAGAAGUUUUGAUGAGGUUGAGAGUGGGUUUGGCCGUGGAGCUCGGGAGAUGCACAGAUCACAGAGCUGGGAAGAAAGAGGAGACCGUCGGUUUGAAAAACCCACACGAAAAGAACCAGUUCGACCCACAUUUGAAGAAGGGGGGACAGCUCCAGCAGGAAGAAAACAUGAAUUUAUCCGUUCAGAGAGCGGGAACUGGCGCAGCUUGCGUGAGGAAAUGAAUGGUGAGGAGGAGGAAGGUGGAGGUGUAUGGAGGGCAUCAGCUCCCAGAAGGGAUGGAGAAAGGUGGCGCUCCCACAGUCCAGAUGGUGCACGGGGUUCUGGUUGGAGAGAGAUCCCUGAUCGUCGAAGGCGGUUUGACUAUGAUUUACGAGAACGUGAGGAUGAGCGUGGGUACCGCAGGGCACGAAGUGGUUCAGGCAGUGCAGAGGAUGAACGGGACAGUUUGCCAGAGUGGUGUCUAGAUGAUGCAGAAGAUGAAACAGGCACAUUUGACUCCUCAGGGGCAUUCCUGUCUUCCAAACCUUCCAAGAAGGUGCAGAAAGAACCCAUUCCUGAGGAGCAAGAGUUGGAUUUUCGACCUUCCAUGGAUGGAGCUGAUAACUCGGACUCUGAUGGCAGCCAAACAGAAGAGGCCAAAGAAACCGAUCCUGUUCAGUCUCGGACUGAUAAUGAUUUGAGCAGGAAUGGUUACACUGUAGUUCAAGCCACUUCUUCACCAGACCAUAGAAUUCCAUCACCAGUGCCCCGGACAGAUAAAACUUCAGAAACUGCUAACCAGAAGGCUGCAAGUCCUCAUCUAUCUUGUAAGACUGAAAUAGAUGUAAGAUCACAGUCACCUUCAUCACCUCCUACCCCAUCAAAACACAAAGAAGAUGCUGCCUCACUCAGUCAUCAAGGGUCACAGGAAAAAAGUAGUCCAUGUAUACCUCAUCCUCCAUCUCCUGCCUUCAGCCAAAGGUCUCCUGCUAGACAACCAGACCCUCACAAAGUACCUGCCAUGUCCUCUGUCCCUGUUCCUCAGUUAGACACUCCCACAGUUCCUGCCCAUUCAACUGUUUGUGCUGCUCCAGGCAUGGAACCUAUGCCCCCAGAACCUGAUGAAGAAGAUGGACUAGAACACCUUGAACAGCAGGCGCAGCAAAUGGUGGCGUACCUGCAGGACGGGACGCUUGAUGAUGACCGUUUGCUAGUGAAAGUGCUAGACCAGCGAGUGAAGGGACCUUCGCUAGACAACCAGCAGAAGUGGUACUACAAAGAUCCACAAGGGGAGAUCCAGGGUCCAUUUAGUAAUCGAGAGAUGGCUGAGUGGUAUCAAGCUGGAUACUUCCCAAUGACUCUGUUGCUAAGAAGAGUAUGUGAUGAUGCCUUCCAGUCACUAGGCGAUAUUAUUAAAAAAUGGGGACGGGUUCCUUUCUCCACACCCCCAACACCUACUAGACUUGGGGACCUGGACCCUGAGCGUUUAAGUCGUCAGCAGGAAAUCACAGCCCUGUAUCAGAUGCACCAUCUCCGAUACCAGCAGUUCCUUUUUCAGCAGCAGUAUGCAGUCUUGGCGCAACAACAGAAAGCAGCUCUCUCCUCCCAGCAGCAACAGUUGCCUCUUCCUUUGCAGUCCCUAAGUAUGAGGAUACCUGAGCAUACUGUGAUCCCACCAGUAGCAAGAGCAUUAUCAGUACCAGACAGCACCUCAUUGUGGGAGCUUCCACCUGCUGCCGCACAACCAGCAGUAUGGGAGGGUAGCAGCGUUUGGGACCUCCCAGUGGAGCCAGCAAAUCAGGGAACAACUCGAGAACAGCUAGAACAGAUGGAGAAAGUGAAAGCUGCCAAGAUGGAGCAAGAAAGAAGAGAGGCUGAGCUUAGGGCAAAGCAGGAAGAGGAAGAACAACGUAGGCGACAGGAAGAGGAAGAAGAGAGAAAAAGGAGGGAGGAGGAGGAGCAGCUGGCCCGACGGAAGCAGGAGGAAACACUACGGCGGCAGAAAGAGCUGGCAUUGCAGAAGCAAAUGGAAGAAGAAGAGAGGCAACGCAAGGAAGAGCUAAGGUUACUAGAAGAAAGGAGGCGACAGGAGGAAGAAAGGAAAAGGCUUGAAGAGGAAAUAAGGCGGCAGGAAGAAGAAAAGCGGCGCCAGGAGGAGGAGCGCAAAAGGGCUGAAGAUGAAAAGAGACGAAGAGAAGAGGAAAAGAAAAGAGAAGAGGAAGAAAGACGACAAAGGGAAGAAAUACAGAGAAAACAGGAAGAGGCAGCUAGAUGGGCUCGUGAAGAAGAGGAGGCCGCACGACGAUUAUUGGAAGAGGCACGAUUAAAGGCAGAGGAAGAAGAAAGAAAGAAGCGCGAGGAAGCACAAAGGCAGAAGGAGCUACAGAGACAGCGGCAGCAACAGCAAGAAGCACUUAGGCGCCUGCAGCAACAACAGCAGCAGCAACAGCUGGCCCAAAUGAAGUUACCAUCAUCUUCCACAUGGGGGCAGCAGGUCUCCCCAACCACUGCCUCACAGUCAGCACUUUCACUGGCAGAAAUACAAAAACUAGAAGAAGAACGGGAACGGCAGCAACUGCAAGAGCAUCAGCGUCGCCAGCAGCAGGAGCUGAAAAUACUGCAGCAGCAACAACAGCAGCAGCAGCAGCAGCAAAAAAUACCUGGCUGGGGGAGUGUGAGCAAACCAGUAGGCUCCACCAAGUCUCUCUUGGAGAUCCAGCAAGAAGAAGCCAGACAGAUGCAGAAAACCCAACAACAGCCUGUGCGGAACCGACCAGCUAAUAUAUCUGUGCCUGUGGCACCUGUAGUAAAUAAUCACAUUAGCAGCACUAGCGUGGCCGGUUCUGGAAGCUCAGUAUGGGGAUCCUUAAAUAACAACCUAAGUCCUCAGUGGUCGUCUGACUCCAUGAGCAGCAUCUGGAGCAGUACAGAAGUAAAGGGUUCCAGUGUCGGUUUCUGGGAUGAUGCAGUGAAGGAGGUCACUCCCCGAAAUGCCACCAGCAAGAAUAAGAACACUGCCAGUAAAUCAGCAGGACCCAACAGCCGGCAGAGCAAGAAAGUGGAACAGGAAGAGAAGUUGCUCAGACUGUUCCAAGGUGCAAACAAGUGCCAGGAUGGUUUCACCCAGUGGUGUGAGCAGACACUGCAUGCAAUCAACACUGCACACAGUCUGGAUGUGCCCACGUUUGUGUCGUUCUUGCGUGAAGUGGAGUCUCCAUACGAGGUACAUGAUUAUGUCCGUGCCUAUCUUGGAGAUACACCAGAAGCAAAGGAUUUCUCCAAACAGUUUAUUGAGCGCCGGACAAAGCAGAAAGCCAGUCAGCAGCACCCUCAGCAGGAUGUAGCCUGGGUCACAUGCCAGACAAGUCAAGCUAAUUCUCAACAGACAGCACUAGAGGUUGCACAAUGCGCAGGACGCAAGAAAAAGAAGCAGAAGAUGGUUCGAGCCGAUCCCAGUUUGCUAGGCUUUUCUGUGAAUGCUUCUUCGGAGAGACUGAACAUGGGAGAGAUUGAAACUGUGGAGGAUUACUGAUCAUCCUGUAGGGGUUGGGGGAACCCCCCCACCCCUUCCUUCGGCUUCUCUGGGAGGGAAGAAGCCGAAUGCGACUCCACCUAUCCCCCAACACACACUCUUAAGAUUUUGCAGGGGUCAUCACAGGGCAACCUCCUGCAGUGCUUCAUGAGAAGGGCAGCUGGAGAGCUUCCUAUCCCCUCAAUUUGCCAUGUUCUACCUGGGCAACUUGAUGGGGUUGUUACCUCAGCAGAUAAAGAGUGAGUUAAGGGGAACUUACCCUCCUCCAUCACAGUACCACUGGGUCUCGUUUCAGAGACUUGUAGGGUCUGUUAAUUUACCACCGUUAUUAGGUGGAGAGUGGAGGCUUUUGUGGUGGGACUUUGAAUUUCCCCUCACUGCCCUGUGGGGUUUAGCUCUGUGGAUUUAGUGACGGGGCAUGUGUUGAACCUAGAUUUCAGCUCUACCAAUGCACACAGUGAAUUGCUACUCUCUGCGCUACAGGAGAAAGUGUAGCCAUAAAGCUGAUGGGAUGUGCAUCCCUUUUGUCAUCCUUCUUACACUGUCCCGGCCACUUUCCACUCCCCCCACACCUUUUCAUCAGCUUUAUGUUUCUGAAGAGCCUUUGGAAAGUGUGGCAGGUGGGGGCAGCAGGAGACAACCACUCCUUUGGGUAUGUACAGUUUCUUGCAACUAUGUAUAUAGUUUUGGUGCUGUUUGAUGGGUUAUAGCAGAUAUUGCUCCCACUGCGUUGUAUAUCUAUUUACAGAUACGGAAAAGGUGUGGGUGGGAGAGAGCACACUUAACGUUUACACAACUCCCAGACCACUUCAAAAGUUUUGCCCCAGUGUGCAGGGAAUUGGGGGGAGCCCGAGCCUGACCUCAAUAAAUUGCUGGUUGUAUUAUAUCACAUAUCUGAUUUGGAUGCCUUAUUGCUUGGUAAAUGUCGGGUUGGUGCAGAGAAGCAUCAGAUGUCAGAAAUACACUCAUCAGUCUUCCUCCAUCUUCUGAGAGAUGCCUACGCAUACGGACAAUCAAGCUGACUUAAGCCCUGAGGCUUUGCCACCAAAGCUUUGUUAGAGCUGCUGGCAUCUGUCAGCCAGGCUACUGCCCUGAUCCUAGGGUUACCCAAAUCUUCUGCCUUUUUUUGAUGAGUAACUGAAUUAUAUGGGUUAUCGUGCAUGCAAAUCAGAUGAAUUCAAUGAAGACUACUAUCUUCUGUUGCCUUCACCCAGGCGGAUAUUAGAAGAUGCAGCUCGGGAGAACAAGUGCGUGCUGCAAAGUCAUAAUAGAUAAGAUAUGGAUUUUUUUGCUUUAUAUUAUGGGUUAAUUUCAUCAAAAAGCUCCUAGAGACAUAACUGUAUUAAAACCUAAUUUAUUUUACACCUUA